UACACCUGCUCCGUGUGGGAAGGGAUUCUCUCAGUCGUCUGAGCUGCUAAUACACCAGCGGGUUCACACUGGGGAGAGGCCGUACACCUGCUCUGAGUGUGGGAAGGGAUUCACUCGGUCGUCCCUUUUGCUGACACACCAGAGAUUUCACACCAGGGAGAAGCCGUUCAUCUGCUCGACAUGUGGGAAGGGUUUCACUCAGUCAUCUGAGCUGCUGAUGCACCAGUGGGUUCACACUGGGGAGAAGCCAUACACCUGCUCUGAGUGCAGGAAGGGAUUCACUCGGUCGUCCUAUUUGCUGAUGCACCAGAGUGUUCACACCGGGAAGAGGCCGUUCAUCUGCUCGACGUGCGGGAAGGGAUUCGAUCAGUCAUAUGACUUGAUGACACACCAGCGACUUUACACCAGAGAGGUGCCCUUUGCCUGCCCAACAUGUGGGAAGGGAUACACUACGUCAUCCAGUCUGGUUAAGCAGCAGUGA